CGUACAUUCACCUUUCAAACCGUGCGCUCUUCACCUUUCCACGCCUCCACUUGCGCUACAAUCCCCUUUUCACCCAUACAUGGUCGACAAGACCACGGUUCUUCGUGCGUGACUGAUCCUCACACAGACUAGGCAGGCUGCGGUCACUUCCCACCUUCACUCCCCCUGCGUGAAGCUUCCCUGCGACUCUUCGACAAACCAUGUUUCGCAGCUUGCGUCCACGUUUGUCUACACAUGAUCGGAAACCAUAAACUGGAUCCUUCGGACAGCGCACUCUGCUCCCUCUUCUGCCUUCCCCUGCAACUCCUUCUUCAACUCGCAUUUGCUGGCUCGUCCUCGUCAACCCCCGCUCCGGCCGCUCAACGAGGCUGAAGCCCGGCCUUUCGGCGACCGAGUGCUUCUUCCGCCACUCAAAACGCCCUCCAAUUAUCAACGCCGCCAACAUGCCACGGAGGCAAUUCAUCGCAGAUCUCCAGUCCACCCAAGAUGGCCAGCUCCCUCCUGGCAUCCAUGACCUUCAACGGGGCGAGGAUGAUGGCCAGCUCGUCUUUCUCUUCGCCAUCAAUACCCCAAGCCGCUCGUCAACGCCGGUCAAAUUGAACGCCCUCAUCCCCGAGCUCAGUGAAUACCCGCGAUCCCACGAGUACAUCAUCUACGCAGAGGAUGGCGCUUCAACAGAGGUUGCCGAUGCUCUGGAUGGCAUUCGAAGAACGAGUGGCAAGACAGUCUUCGAACUUCUCGAAAUUGUUUCCACCACCCUUUCACGUCUCUUCGUCGAUACAGAUGGCGAUGUCCACAUGCCUGAUUCCGAGAUCGACGACGCGGCAGAAGAGGAAGACGAUGACGAUGACGAUGCCGAUGUCUACGACAGCGAUCAUGAAGCUUUCCAGACAUCCACCGCCCCAUCUGCGUCUUUCACGGUAGCAAACGGCGGUGUACGUAAUGCUGCGGCUGGCAGAGCUUUUCGCCAGCGUGUUCGGCAGGACUUGAGAGCUGCCAAGCAAGCUGGCUUCAAAGUGGGCGUGCUGGGCCAUUUACUGGAUGGAUACAACGCCUUCGUCACCAUGUCUAUCCGCAUGUCAAAGUUGGGCAUCUCCGACGAGGCCAUGCAAGCUUGGCGGGUCGAAGCGUCUGAAUACCUCAUCCUCGUCCUCCAAUACCCAAAUGGCUACAAGACAAGCGAAGAGCUUCAGGGAUUCGACUCUCUCCGCCUGGAACCCAACAUCGGCAUGCGAGUAUGCACGGGCAAAAUGUACAAACCGACACUCCAGGAGGCUAUCAAGGCUUUCACCACCGCGAAGAAGGACGGUCGCGAUAGCAUCGCCGACUCUCUCCUCGCCAACGCUGACGGUGAGAGCCCCGAGAGCUCCAUCCGAGACGUCUUCAUCUCCAAACCUUUGAACGGGCUACUCAAAGAACGUCUCGUAGCCAUCCUUCGCUUUCGUGGCAUGGGAAUGGGCUGGACAGGUGCCGAGGAUCUAUACAUAUCCCGCACAAGUGCUGGAGCCACAAAGACUGAUGUCGUGGACGAUAGCCACUUUCUCCCGGAGCCGACCAACGAUGCAUUGCCUGACAUUGUCAACGCCGAUCACUGGUCCGAGAAGUCUGGUGGGCAAAUGUCAUUCCCCUUGCUCGCCAUGCAGUUCCUCCUCCGCCAUUUCGUCCGCUGCACAGAGUUCUGCCUGGUGUGUCACCGCAAGAUGAACACGGAGCUCGAGGCGAUCAAGCCCUACGUCUGCGAGUCGGACUUCUGCUUGUACCAAUACAUGGCGAUCGGUUUUGGUCCAAGCAUCGAGCAUGAGAUAUCUUCGCAGCCAUACGUUGUGGACUUGCUGGUGUCUUUUUGUUACAACAGCGCCGCAAGUCAUAGGCUGCGAGAGUUUCCGGACGGUCUAUCGCUCGUCGUUCCGCCAGUGGACCCGAAAGACCUCAUGCCGCUUGGCCCUGCGACUCCAAAGUAUCGUGGACGACAGGAAGAGCCGGAGGAGAAGGCUGAUAAGGCGGGCCCGCGACCACCGGCAGUCGAUUACGAGGUCGGUUUCGAUCAAGCCCGCCUGGAAAUCAUCUUCCACAUCAUACCCGAGCAAUGUCCGGUGAAAAAGGGCGACUGGAUCGUCCUGCAGCCCAAGGGGACUCUGGAAGGCUCCGAACUUCAUUGUCGAAUCCGCGAAGCUACCUUCUUUCCCACAAUCUCCAUCAACGAACCAGUCUUGGUCCGUAGACUGAGCGCAAAUCGGGCCCCGGACGGCGGCACCACCACCUCCAUCAGAGUCGUUACCGACACACCGCUCACCCCCCACACUGUGACCCCCGCCCAAACUCCAAAAUGGGCACCUGCCGGCUUCCAAGUGUAUAGCCAAGACUUCAAGAGUCUCACAAAAGAGGAAAAGUCCGCUGCAAUCUGCAGGCUCCUUGACACCCUGCCAAAUGUCAAGACCUUGCAAGAGUAUCUCAAGAAGCGCGCUUCACCCGAUCUCGCGGACUGGAACGAGCGCAUCUCAACCCCGGCGCUCAGCAUUCUGCGGUGGAUCAUAGCCAGCAAUCGCGCAUGCAUCAUGCAAGUCGACGGCGAUGACUCCGGCGCCGGCUCUGCGCGGCAGGAGGAACGCCUCUACGGGAUGAGAGACUACAUGCAAUUCCGUUUCGCAAUGGGCGCUCCGGACAAAGAGCAGCGCUUCAUCAACGAGGUGCGCAAGACCGCGACUCGUCUGAAGCUCGCAUAUCCCACUCUCUUUGCAUGGCAUGGCAGUCCUCUCUACAACUGGCACACGAUCAUUCGUGAAGGCUUGCAUUACAAAAACGUCGACCACGGCCGUGCGUACGGAGAUGGAGUGUACCAUGCCCUGGAUGCUCAAACAUCCACUGGAUAUUCGGGAAUGCACGGAGGCUACGCGAACGGCAACGCCCGCGGCUCGUGGCCAAACAGUCUGCUGGAGGUGUCCGCCGCUCUCGCACUCAAUGAGAUUGUGAAUGCGCCGGCCGAGUUCCAAAGCCAAAAGCCGUACUAUGUGGUCAAGCAGCUCGACUGGAUUCAGACACGCUACUUGUUCGUGCGGUGUGGUCAGAAGAUGGGCGAGAUAAUCAAGCUUGCGGCCGACGAGAUGCCAAAAACCGCAUUGAUCCAAGACCCUCAGCACAUCCCGCGUGGUGCAAAUGGUGGACCAAUUAGAAUACCCGCUUCUGCGAUCAAAUCUAGCAGGAUUUUCAAGAACGAGCGUCGGCCGGAGCUUCCAUCGCCAGCCAAGAGGCUCAAGGCCAUGGGUGGAUUUGAUGACCCCAUUCCGAUAGAUGACGAUGACGCGGCGAGCGUCGUGACGACCACCAGCGACCUGAUCAUCAUGUUUGAAGACGACCCGGAGCUUGAAGAUGCAUCAUCGGCAACGUCAGCAGCCCCCAAGAAGAUCGAGAAGCCACCAGGAACACCAACAGAUUUCCUCCCAGGCACGCUCGAUUUCAGCAAACUUCCCCUCAUGCCGAUGCCUACAUACGCCACGUCCGCAACAACGAAGCGUCUGAUGAAAGAACUGCAGGCUGUUGCGAAAGCCCAGGAACUCACACCUGCUGGGGACCUGGGUUGGUAUAUCGAUGUCGAGCAGAUUGAAAACGUCUAUCAAUGGAUCGUGGAGCUGCACUCUUUCCACACGUUUGAGAUCAAAGGGAAGAAAUUGCCACUCGCCGACGACAUGAAGAAGCAAGACGUGAAGAGCAUCGUGUUGGAGAUUCGCUUCAACAAGGACUUCCCUUUCACCCCGCCGUACGUCCGCGUCAUCCGUCCCCGCUUCCUCACGAUGCUUCAAGGAGGCGGUGGACACAUCGUCGCGGGUGGAGCGAUGUGCAUGGAGUUGCUGACGAAUACCGGCUGGUCAUCCGUGUCGUCCAUGGAAUCUGUGCUCAUGCAGGUCCGUCUGGCCAUUGCGUCGGAGCCGUUUGCGCGGUUGGACACGCGGAGUCGCGGAGAGUAUGGAACGGGUGAGGCGGCUGAUGGCUACGUUCGCGCUUGCAACACCCAUGGGUGGCAGAUCCCACCUGGUUUCAAGGAGAUGGCAUAUGAGAGUGCUCUCCCCGGAAAGUCAGAUUGAUGUGGCGAGGGCAGGUGUGGUAAGCAUAGGCGGUGAGAGGGAAAAACCAAUACGAAUUCUGCCCGGCAAUGGGCACAGAGGAAGUCACUCGCAUGUGGCAAAUGACACGAUACGGCGAAAAGAAUAUAUCACGGCACAGCAUAUGAUAACGACGACAUGAUAAAAACACGACCGCAUUGCGAAGGAGCUGAGAUGGCCUCGAGCGCGCAGCGUGAACGCGAUUGGCGUGGGUAGCAUAGUUAGCGAAGUCGUGUAUGAAGCAGCGUUCCUCGCAGUCUCUCCCU